AUGUCAGCUUCUUCUACUGUGUCCUCAGCGGCCACCGCCAAAGGGGCGCCUGCGUAUACUAUCAGCACUGGGUCCCGGCCAUAUCGGUCACACAAAGUCAGGGCCUGCGACUUGUGUCGGAAACGAAAAUCCCGUUGCACCGUGGACUUACCGGGCCAGUCUUGCCUCUUAUGCAGAAUUCAGGGAGCCGAUUGUCACUACAAGGAGGACACUGCCCCAGCAACAUCCUCAUUCCAUGGCAGCAACAGUGAGACGAAACAGUGGUCCCCACCGCCGACUACCCAGCGCAAACUCAAGAGAAAGUUGGAUGAUUCACCCUUGGACGAGCAACCAGCCCAGGCCAUUACAAACAUACCUUCUGUAACAACAACCGCAAUGCAACAUCCAACUACACAUAGAGACGACCAAAGUGCGGAUGGUAACAGGCACAAUGGACUCGGAGGGUCCAUGAAUGAAUUUGUACAUAUUAUUGGACCCGUCGCGGCAGAUGACGCUCAAGUUAUUGAGCGCUAUAUGCCUUCUGAAAGGUCGAAGAAAAGCCCCGAUAUCAAGACCCCGUACAAUGUGUACUCCAACGACCCACGAAAACCCAUUCUCUACACAACAGUCGCCCGGCGAAGGCAAGGAGUACGACCAUGUGGUAUUCCUGGGGAGAACCAGAAAGAUGUCAUCGAGCAAAUCUUGGGUCCUUUCAAGCAUGACCUUGUCACGAUCUUUCUGGAAAAAAUCAACGCAUCUUUUCCAAUUUUCGAUGACCAGAUGUUCAUGGAAGCCUAUAAGGCUUCAGACGGGAGCUUGCCUCCACCACUGUUAUGUCAAGUAUAUGCCAUGUCCCUUAUUUACUGGAAUCAAUCACCAGUUCUGGCUCCACACCCCAAACCUGAUAUCAGAUAUGCGGUAAAUCUUGCCGUUGCCGCGCUCCAUGAAGAAUUCUCUGCCCCUGGCCUGUCAACACUGAGUGCUGCAUUGAUCGAUUUAACUGGUCGGCCAAUAUUCUCAAUGACCGGAAACGCCAUUAACACCGGACGGACAGUAGCGUUAUCUCACUGCCUUGGCCUCAAUCGUGACCCUAGCAACUGGAAAUUAUCCCCAUCGGAAAAAAACAAUCGCAUUCGGCUUUGGUGGGCGGUAGUGAUACAUGAUCGAUGGGCGAGUUCAGGACAUGGUGUACCACCCCAGAUUUCGCGAAAUCAUUAUGACGUGCCGCUCCCGACCAUUGAAACACUGGUGCCUCAUUCUGGAGCCUCGCAACAAAGAUUUAGAGCAGCACACGGCUAUAUAUUUCUGUGUCGCCUUACUGAAAUUCUUGGCGAUCUACUCCCAUUAGUGUAUGGGCUGCAACCAAAGAACUCGAAAGAGACGUCCAAGACAGUAAGGAGAAUGCGAACGGAGUUAGACAGAUGGGAGGACUCGCUCCCAGAGUGGCUCAGAUCCCCUCAAAAUGAAAACUGUAUUCCGACGUCCGGUUCAAGUAGCUUACAGCUAGCUUUCCUAUCCGUAAAGAUGCUCGUUUGUCGGAUAGAACUUCAAGAAAUAAACCACCUAGAAAAUUCGAACCCUGAAGCACGUCGGUAUUUCCAGACAGAAUGUAGAAAAGCAGCUGAAGAUAUCGUUCAUUUCAUGCGUUCUCUUAAAAGACCAAAUUAUCAGGAAUUUUGGAUGUCUUAUAGCGCAUACCAUCUAACAUCCACGGCCACGUUCUUGUUUCGUUGCGCAUUGGAAACCUCCGAUGCGGAUAUUGCACGAUCUUGCCUGGCAAAUGUGGAUAUCUUCCUAGGCGUCCUCCGACAAGCUCGUCUGGAGCACGAAUGGGAUGUUGCGGACAUGUGCCUCGAUCAUUGUGAAAGAAUAUUGAGCAAACACCCAGGGAUAAAUCCAGAAGAUUCACAAUCGGCGCCUGGUCCUCUUUGCGAACCAAGUGGCACACCCGUGUCAAUCGGCAUGCCGUUGCCUGAAACGCCAUGCCAUAACGACAUAGUUGGCGAUAUGAUGUCUAUAUCUGGCACAUUUGGCACAAUGGAGGGAUUUCCAUUUGAUAUGACUGGAAUAUGGGACGUCCCUGGAUUCCAAGAUCAGGAGAGUCACUUUAUGGGUGUACCAGGCUCCAUGUGA